GCUCUUUCCUGGCUGGAGGUCUCAGCUGAUCGAGGCUGUCAGAGCCCAGGGCUGGCAGCUGCUUCUGCUGGGAGAAGGCAGGGGGGAGAAGAUCUUGUGCAGAGAGAGGCUGGGACUUGGCUGAGGUGGCUCCUGGGCUUUGAGGUGCACCUGUGACCCCGAGCCAUGUCCUGCUGCCAGCCCUGCAACCCUUGCUGCCAGCCCUGCGGCCCCUGCCCGCUGGCCAACAGCUGCAAUGAGUGCUGUGUCAGGCAGUGCCAGAGCUCCACCGUGGCCAUCCAGCCCUCCGCAGUCGUGGUGACCCUGCCCGGGCCCAUCCUCAGCUCCUUCCCACAGAACACCGUGGUGGGAUCCUCCACCUCCGCUGCUGUUGGCAGCAUCCUCAGCUCUGGCGGAGUGCCCAUCAGCUCUGGCGGCUUUGACAUCUCCUGCAUCACCAGCGGCUAUGGCGGCAGAUGCUGUCCCCCCUGCUAAAUCUGCUGGCAACAUCCUCGAGCAAGAACCUCCACGACCUCAGAACUUGGGGCUGGACUGAAGAUGGAUCUUGGGAACAACGGAUUUAACCCCUUGGAUUACUGCUGUUUUCUUCCACUCUCUUCCCCUCCCUCCCUUUCCUGUCAGCACCACUCAAUGCCAGCCUACUGGGACCUGUUGGCCUCCCUCCGUUCCUCUGCAGGCCAGGCAGACGGACACCCCCACUGCACCUCAGUGGUUGCUCCUGGUGUCCUCUCUGAGCCUGUUCUUCCUUAGACUCAAUAAAGUUGUUUUGCAUCCAAA